UAUAUUGUAACAGUGGCAGAUACAAAAUUGUCACAUCUAGCAGGCUGUGAGAGGUGACGGCACUGUUGGCAACGGCAAGGGUUCUUUGGCUCAUAUGGAGUCGAUUUUGAAUUGCAGAUCGGAAGAUUUGGAAGAUUAUUACGGCCUACUUGGGUGCGAUGAGCUGUCAUCGACAGAACAGAUAGUGAAUGAAUACAAAAUAAGAGCAUUGGCUUGUCAUCCUGACAAGCAUCCAGAAAACCCCAAAGCAGUGGAGGAAUUUCAAAGGUUACAGGAAGCUAAAGAGGUUUUGACCAAUGAGGAGAGCAGGAAGAAUUAUGACCUUUGGAUGAGGAGCCAGUUAACAGUGCCUUUCCGAGACUGGCGAGCCCUCAGCCAGUCUGUGAAAACUUCAAUGCACUGGGCCGUGAGGGCUAAGAAAGAGCCUAUGUUGGAGGACUCCAAGGAAUCAUCAGCACCACCAGUACCUGAGGAGAAGGCCUCCAUCUCUAAACUGGAGCAGACUGAGGAGCUGUCCUCGGAGGCUCCUCUGUCCUCCAGUGACUACUGGCAUCAGAGAUUCCGCUGGUCAGCUGACGCUCCUUCUGAUAUCUUACAGAAAUUCAGGAAUUAUGAAAUAUAACUGUAGCACCUCAUGUAUUAUGUUUAUUCUACUAUAGUAUGUGGGUUAAGUUUUUAGUAGAUGUAGACAAUUACUUGAGUAUUUGCUAGUUGUAACAUUGCAGUUGACUUACGGUCUGCAGUGUGCAGAUAUUCCCUAUUGAACUUGAGCCUUAUCAAUUAGUGUAGAUAUUCCCUAUUGAACUUGAGCCUUGGCAAUUAGUGUGAGCUCUUUCCUCAUCACCCUCUGCGAAGGACAUUCCAUGGACCUUUUAGUUCUUUGAAAAGACAUAUUUAAUGAUGAUAGGAUGUGUACUUUUGGAAAGGGAACACUGCAAAGCAACCUUCAUUUUUCUUUCAUCCAGAUUUGUAAUUGUUUUUCUGAGUGUCUGUGAGUCAGGACAGAAGGGCACAGGUGUCGUGACAAGGAGAGGAAUGAUCAAUGUGUACAUGGACACUGGGAGGAAAUGAGAGGAAGAUAAGAGGCUUUUGCUGGCAUGAAUAGACUUAUUAAUAAGGAGUAUUCGCUAACAACACAUUUUGUGAUUGUACAUGGUAACACAACAUUUACAGAAAUGUAUCCCAAAUAAUCAGCAAAUGGCUGUAUAGCCUAUUCCCUCCAGUGACUCACCCAACUCUCUCAUUCUGUUUUCUGCAUUUGUGAUGCAUUGAUGCUAUUUUUAUGUGACUACUGUUGAAACAGUGUAAAAUAAACAUUUGAUUCCA